GUUAUUAUUUGCAAAGAUUUUGUCAAUGACAGUUUUUAGAAAGAAAAAAAAGUCUUCAUACAAGAGUUACAAUUUGUCACACAUGCACAGGCAGCAGGCUUGGAAGGACAUCGGUGGUGUGAAGGGUGGACGAUCUGACUAUAUAAAAAGGAAUGAAUGGCAGGCCUGAGCUUUUUUAACGGUGUUCAGAGACAGAUACGUUGGAUUAAAAAAAAUUAACCAAUCAUGGGACCCGGAUUGAAGAAACGACCAAUGCGAUUAAGAUGUGAAUGGGACAACUGCACCAUCACGCACAGCAGCAUGGGGAUGUUUCUGUCCCACAUUAACGACCACAUCAAUAAGAUAUUGCCUACUUGUGUUAAUGCAGAAAACUACAAAAACUACGAUAUUGUCCUAUCAACAGAAGAGACUGAGGAGCUACAUUGUAAAUGGGCAGAAUGUACGUUCACAUCGACAGAUGGGAUCGUUACGUUGAUCCGCCAUCUAUACUUCCACGCGUAUCACGCUAAGAUCAAAUGGUGGGCUUUACAGGAGCAAUCGAGGAAUAGUUUUGGUAACUGCAUCUUGGGUUCCAUGACAAGAAACAUGAUACCUGAUCUUCCACAACGAUUUCUCUGCUUCUGGAACAACUGCGAGUUCUUUACCGAUAAUGCAGAGCAUUACUAUCGUCACGCCGAUAACCAUGGGAUGGUUGAUGAUCCAGUCAUGGUCAACAAUCAGGAAACAUAUCCAUGUCAAUGGGAAGGAUGUGAAACAAUUACUAAGACUAAGUACAAGUUAGCUGAGCAUCUACGAAGCCAUACACAAGAGAAACGCUUUGCAUGCAAUGACUGUGGAAGUUUGUUCAGUAACAGAGCGAAAUUCAUUGAUCACAUAGCAAGACAGCUGGCCUUAGAACUACAGAAUUACCAGUGCUCUCACUGCUCCAAGAUAUUUGCAAAUGAGCGGUUGCUAAGAGACCACAUGAGACAUCAUGUAAAUCACUACAAAUGUCCAAAGUGUGAUAUGACAUGUAUUAAUCCAUCAAUGCUCAAGUCACAUAUCAAAUGGAAGCACUCGUCCGACAGACCAUACUCAUGUGAUCUAUGUGAUCAUAGAUGUAAAUCUACCAGUGCUUUACGGAGGCAUGUUACAACACAUGCUACCAACAUCAUGAUUUGUGACGAACCUAACUGUAGCUAUACAGCUGGAACUAUGUCUACUAUGAAAAAACACGUCAUGAGGAAUCAUGGGGAUGAGAAGAAGCAACCGUAUGAAUGUCAUGUUUGCAAUACUCGCUAUUCAUGUGGAGCAACGUUAACAAGACAUCUUAAGAUGAAGCACAAAUUCAAAUGGCCAUCUGGUCAUAGCCGCUUCAGAUACAAGAAGCAGGACGAUGGACUAUAUCGCCUUCAGACUGUCCGUUACGAAUCCCUGGAACUCACCGAGCAAAUCUUAAAGGAGAAGCAGCAAGAGCAGCUUGACGACGUCCCAGUUGAAAAAAUGACUGCCAUAGAAAACAAUAAUGAAGAUUUGGAUGAAGAUUUCAUGGACGAAGAAUCAACCAUUCCAGAUAGAGUUGAUGACCAGAGAUUACUUGAUGAAACGUGCAGACUAGCUGAUGUAACCGAACGACUUGAGAGCGAGACUAGAAGAUUAGCGGAUGAGACUGGGAGAUUAGCGGAUCAGACGGAAAGAUUAGCGGACCACAUUAGAUCAACUGAUGAGCCCAACCAUUUAGAAAUUAGUAGUGUAUGGUCCCAGAGUGAACAAACUGUACCAUCAGACUUGAGCUUAAAACUAGGAGAUUAGCUGAUGAGAGAAGGAGAUUAUCUCAAAAGACAGAGAUUAGCUAAUCAGAUAAGAUCAACUGAUCCGCCCCCACCAUUUAGAAAUUAGUAGUGGAUGGUCCAAGAGUGAACAAAGAGUACCAGCAGACUUGAACUUGAGACUAGGAGAUUAGCAAAUGAGAGAUGGAAAAUAUCCAUUGGAGAUAAUCUCAAAAGAACAGAAUAAUUUAAGCAACUCUUCCGAAAACGAAAUUCAGUAUUUAAUGUACUGGUACAUAAAUAUGCUACUGGAUAUUAAAAAUCAACAGUAAUAAUAAUAGUCAUGUUCAAUAACUUUUUAUUUUGUUUGUAUUCUUAUGUUUCCACAUACCACAAAGUAUGGUUUGUUUCUCAUUCAUAAUAAAAUAAACAAAGUUGAAAUUUAA